CAUAUGUUGAAUAAAAGUUAUAACUACGUUACUACGCUUUCGAUUUUUAGCUUUCGAUUAAUAGCGGAUCUUGUACGAACGUUGAGAUUACGGACUUCUCUCGUUAUAAGCCGGUCUAAGUUUCGCAAAAAUGAUUUUAUCUCACAACUGUAAAGCUCGUCUGCAAAAAUGAAAUGAGAUCCGUUUUAAAUGUAGCGCGCUUUUCAAACGAGUGGACUCGUAGUAGAAUAUUUCUCGCGAAGAUGUCACUGGUGAAGUAACCUUCAUGCGCAUGUGUUCCUGACGUAACUGUUGAUUUAACUUGAAAUCGGAAACGUUGAAGUCCGCGAAGUUGUAGAAAAUAUACACCACGAACAUGACUAAAGCUGUCCAUGUUUUGUCACUGACAUAACAUUUUAUUGAUAAUAAUUGCGACCGCGUGCGCUAUAGAUUUUGAUUCAGUGUUAAAGUGCUCGGGGAGAACGGGAAAAAAAGAUUGUUAUGAUUGUAUAUUGUUUCACGUAAAUUCAAUAAUAGAGAAAAAAACAAUAGGCAAACAUCUAGAAUACAAAUUCUACUUUGCUGUGCGCUGUGUUAUUUUUAGACAUUCGAAAGACAGUGAUGGACGUACUGUUACUCUUUUGACAAAGCAUAUCGGAGUUACGGAGUAAACUUAAUUAUGGCCCAUGCUGUCGGUCAAAUUAUGCAAAUCCUGCACGAAUGUCACCCCGAAAAUAAUGAUCUCGUAGACAAUUUCAAACGCUUGAAAAUCACGAGAAAAUCGAGAAGAAACGUGAAGAAAGAUAAGUUGCAGGAAAUCAAGAAUAAAGCAGAGAAAUUACUUACAGAUACGCCGUACAAUUAUACAGGGAGUGUUGAAUAUGCUAGUUUGAAUAAAAUGCUAGCUAUCUGUAAUUUUGAGAUGGGAGACGAGCUCAGAGCUAUUCAUCACUUGACCGAAUCUCAUGCGGUGAUACUUCGUCAACACAUUUUACAUAGGUACCAAAACACUCAACUGCGUGAAACGCUAUGCACUGAACCUCAAACGUACGGAUUAAAACCGACGCAUGUGAAAUUUGAGACUGAUCUUGCGAAUAGCGGCAAAUUGUUGAAAUCAAAACUCGUAGAGUUACCAAAAGAGUGGUACAUAAUUCAAGUCACUGCCUUAUACGAAUCUCCGAGCGUUUUAAGGCAUGAAAAGCGUAUGUCAAGUGUCAUGCAUGCUGUACAUAUUACAAUACUUCCAACGGGACUGUCUGAUGUAGAACCUUUGUGCAUAACGUUACCGAAACCUGAAACGCAAGUUUCCUAUGACGUCUGUGAAGAAAUUCUGAAAUUAUUAGAUAACAAUAAGUUUCAACUGAAAGCCACUUAUGUGAAUCGUGAACAAUAUUGGGCGAUGCGCACGAAUCAAAAUAGCAAAAUGAAGAUAGGUAUAGAUGGAUUGGAGAACAUGUGGUUGAGGGAAUGGAGGGUACUUUUUAUGGCGGAUGCCAUUGAAAACUUAAAUAUAGUAAAUGAGGUUCAUGAAAUGGUUGAUAAAUUAAUAACGGAUUUAAGUCUCCGUAACAUCAAAAUAACCGAACGAUGUAGGUGGCUCUUGAAAAAGGUGUCCGUGGGCGCCUGUUUCCUGACGCGCGAAGAAAUAGCACGCGCAGUCAAAUUUCUACUUCCCAAACAUGAAAAACUGGCAAAGAACAUAAUUUUAUCUGUUUAUGGAAUGUUACCGUGCAUAAAUGAAUUGAAAAAUGCCAAACGAAAGACACUGGUCUUAAUAAUUGACGAGCAUAUGGAUUACAUAGCAUUUGAAGCUAUGGAAAUUAUUAAGUACCAUCCUGUCACUCGUUUCCCGUCUCUGCAUAUAGCAUACGCGUUGUUCAAAGAACACGAGGAUAUCAUGGUGGAAGGUUGCAGGAUAAUCAAGGCCAAAGAAGACUUGGGAAUUUCUGUAAUUAAUCCUUCGGGCGAUUUAGAGAAGAUGGAGAGACGCCUGAAGCUCUUCAUGAAUUUCUGGCUACCGCAAUGGAAGAGUUGUUACAAUACCAAGCCUGACGAAAAACUGUUUGAAGAUGCGCUUGUUAAUCACGACAUUUUAAUGUACAAUGGUCACGGUAGUGGUAUACAAUACUUAUCCGGAGAAGAUAUCGAAAAAAUGAGGGUGAAAUCUACCGUUUUAUUAUUUGGGUGUAGCAGCGUGAAAUUACUUCUAAUAGGCGGAAGGUACCCUCCUCAUGGCGUUUCGAAUCAGUAUUUGAUAGCAUGCAGUCCUUGUCUUCUUGGUAUGCUGUGGGAAGUAACAGAUGCUGAUAUCGACACAAUGACGGCAAACUUCAUGAGUAAUUGGAUUCCCUCGACGGCCGAGAGGUCAUGGACUGAAGUAGACAUAGCUAGUUGGAGUUCCGGUACUCUGAAAUUCACGAAGAAUCGAGUGAACGAUAAAAUGGAAAUGGAAUCAGAAAUGUUGAGAGCAGUAGCGAACGCCAAAAGGAGUUGCUCGCAAUAUAUGACAGCAGCCGCGAUAGUAGUGCGAGGUUUACCAAUAAAAAUAGUUUAAAACCUUCUCGCGAAGUUCUCGCUUGCGCGAUACCGGUAAUUUACACUUCUAAGUUAUACAUGAAAUCAUUGAAGCAAUUGUUCUAAAAAAUUACGUAUGAAAUCAUUGAAACAAUUGUUUUAAACAGUUAUAUACAUGAAAAAUCAUUGAAGCAAUUGUUCUAAAAAAUAACACAAGACUGCAGUGAUCACUUGUAGAGUAAAAUCUGUAUUUUGUACUAUUUUAAUAUGAAGAUAUCUUAACGUCCCAACGACGCGUAUAUAAAAAUAAUAAAAACGGAUACAGAGGAAA